AUGAAUUGCACUUAUCAUACUGACAAUUAAGUAUCAAUGAUAUGUAUAGCUCCUCACAAGUGUUAAUGUUAAAGGAAAUUAUGUGUUGAAUGCCAAUUUAAUCAUGGGGUGGAUGUCAAACAUGCAGUUCCGAUUAAAAUAUUUCAGGAAAUGGUUAAGAAGAAAUUACGAGAAUAUAAUUUAGAUGAGACAUCUGAAAUAACAAAAUAGAAAAAUAACUUUAAGUUGAUGUUCUCUCAAACCUAAAGUAUGAUGAAAAAAAUAUGGGAACAAUUAUCUGAAUCAUUCAAACACAUAUAUAAUUUGAUUGAAAAGAAAAAUAAAUCAUAUUCUAAUCUUAUCAACGAAAAUACUAAUCUAGCCGAAACCUCCUUCUCUGAUUUAGAGCAAAUAGUAUCUAUUUUAGAAGGGAAAAUUUUAGAUGAUUGGAAAGAUGAAAAAAAAUCGUAUUUAAUAAAAUUACAGGAAGAAUAGCAUUAAUUUGAAUAAGACCUCAACUCCUUUGUUGAGAAAUUAAAAAGAAAAAUGUAACCAUUUUAAAUCAUACUUUAGAAUUAUCCCAAUUUAAAAUAUAACUUAAGACUUAAUUUCGGUAUAUGAAAGAAAGGAAGAUUUAUAUGAAAUACUGGCUUAGACAAAAAAAUAUGAUGAAUUAUUUCUCAAUGAAAUAAUAGAAUUAUUAAAGAAGGAGAAAGUGACAGAUUGCUUUUAAUAUCUUUCAAGUAAAAGGAAUAAAUAUUAACCUGGAUAUAAUUUUAUUAUUUGUCUAAUAAAAAAUAUAAGUGAAAUAGACUUUAAUAAAUAGAAUUAUUCAGCAUUUAAUUAUGAAUAAAUAAGAAAGGACUUGAUUAAAAAAAUAGAUUAAGAUAAGCACAUCAGAAAUUUUUUGAAAUUCCUAGUUCAACUAACAGCGAUUGAUUAGAGAUUUAUCAAAUGUGGAUCUAAUUCUUUGAAUUUAUUAGUCGAAUUGAAGGUGAAUUUGAGGGAAUAAAGUUUUGAGAAUAUCAGGAUUAAAAUACCUCUUUAGUUGGUGGAAAUUUUGUAAGAUGCAAUUUUAAUGGAUCAGAAUUUGACAAUGUAGAUAUUAGUGGAAUGAAUUUGAAUUAAGCUUCAUUGUUCGAUUGCAAAUGGAGGAAUGUUUAAAUACAUGGGUUAAGUAAAUUAGAUGGUCAUUCAAAUUAUGUUAGUUCAGUCUGUUUCUCUCCUGAUGGUUAUACAUUAGCAUCUGGUAGUUAUGAUCACUCUAUCGGAUUAUGGGAUCUUAAGACAGGAUAAUAAUAAGCAAAAUUAAAUGGUCAUUCACAUUAUGUUAUGUCAGUUUAUUUCUCUCCUGAUGGCACUACAUUAGCAUCUGGUAGUGAGGAUGAGUCAAUCCGUUUAUGGGAUGUUAAGACAGGUUAAUAAAAGCUAGAAUUAAAAGGACAUGAUGCAACUGUAUGGUCGGUCUGUUUCUCUCCUGAUGGUACUACAUUAGCUUCUGGUAGUUCAGAUAACUCGAUCCGUUUAUGGGAUGUUUAGACUGGAUAAUAAAAAGCCAAAUUAGAUGGUCAUUCACAUUAUGUUAGAUCAAUCUGUUUUUCUCCCGAUGGUAUUACAUUGGCAUCUGGUAGUUCAGAUAAAUCUAUCCGUUUAUGGGAUAUUAAGACAGAAUAAUAAAAAGCCAAAUUAGAUGGUCAUUCACAUUAUGUCAUGUCAGUUUGCUUCUCUCCUGAUGGUACUACAUUAGCAUCUGGUAGUUCAGAUAACUCUAUCCGUUUAUGGAAUGUUAUAACAGGAUAUUAAAAGCUAAAAUUAGAAGCACAUGAUGCGAUGUUUGGUCAGUUUGUUUUUCUCCUGAUGGUAUUACAUUAGCAUCUAGUAGUGGAGGUAACAACUCUAUCCGUUUAUGGGAUGUUAAGACAGGAUAAUAAAAGUUAGAAUUAACAGUACAUGAUGCAACUGUAUGGUCGAUCUGUUUCUCUCCUGAUGGUACUACAUUAGCUUCUGGUAGUUCAGAUAAGUCUAUCCGUUUAUUUGAUGUUAAUACAAAAUAAUAAGAAGUCAAAUUAGAUGGUCAUAUUAAUUUAGUUUAUUUCUUUCCUGAUGGUAUUACGUUAGCAUCUCGUAGUUCAGAUAACUCCAUCCGUUUAUGGAAUGUUAAAACAGCAAAGGAAAUUCUACCUCAAGAUAAUUUUUACAAAGACCUUCUUUCUUAGUUUAAAUGGCCAAUUUAAACUACAUCUAUUUUAAAAAAUGGUAUUUAUUUAUAUCAUUUUUUAGAUGAGAUCGAUCAUACAAUACUGAGAAUUUGUUAAAAUCCAAUUUUGGAAGCAAAAGGAGCCUUAAUUUUGAAAGGAGAAUUUGUAAAUGAUUAAGGGUAAGAUCUAAAAUUAUUAUUGAAAUCUAAAGGAAGUUGCAUUUUAGAAAGCUAAACCCAAUUUCAAAAACAAUAACAUUGA